AUGCCAGCCCAAGCUCCGCGGAAAAGAAAUCCCACCGUGGACUCGCUACACAAGCUGAAGAGCUUACACCGACGUUCUUCGUUAGAUGUUUCACACUCGGAACUGGUGAGCUUGUAAUCUUGGUUUAGCGUUAAGUUUUAAGCCGUAAAAAGCUCAAAAGCAACUUUAAUAUUUUUAUUGUUUGUAUGGCCAAUUAUAAUAUUUUUUGAAGGUUCAAGAAGAAUGUAAAGUGUUCGAACUGAGUGAUGAAACUCUGAGAACCCUUAUGGACUUGAUGGACCAGAGUUUUGAUGAGGGACUUCACCCAGACACAGGUAUUUACUCUUGAUUAUGUUAUUGUCAAUUUAGCUGCUACUGCUGCCGUGAAAAUGUUACCUUCGUUUGUGAGAGCUGUUCCAAAUGGCACAGAAUCCGGUGAUUUCUUGGCUUUGGAUUUGGGAGGUACCAACUUCAGAGUUUUGUUGAUUAGACUGGAGGGAAACACGUCUCAAAUGACCAGUAAGAUCUUCCGUGUCCCAGAUCAUAUUAUGAAGGGCACAGGAGAAGGUGUAAGUUGCUUUACUGCAUGAUGCAAUACUUUUUUACUUUUAUUGUGUGUGAAGGUUUAAAAUGUUUUUUAGUUUUAGGAUUUAAAGAUACUUUUUACAAAGCUUGGUUAAUGUAGGGGUGAGAAAAGGGCCGGGCCCACUUUUCAGGCCCGGCCCGUUUUAAAAAAUUUUAAAACUUAAAAAAUAAACGGAAAUUUGGCUUUGCAUUGUUUUUUCAGAUCAUUUAUGGAUCAUAGUACCCAAUAAAAUCAAAAAACAUCAACGGGGAUUAAAAUAAAAAACAUUUUUUCGGGCCCGGGCCCAUUUUUUAAGCCCGGCUUGUUUCAAUUUUAGCUCAAGGCCGGCCCGAUCGUAGGGCCCGGCCGGGCCGGGCCUAGACGGCCCGUUUCUCACUCCUAUUUAAUGAUGGUUUGUAACAUAAUGUCAACUUAUUGAUUUAUUUUAUUACAGUUGUUUGAUCACAUUGCUGACUGUUUGGCUCGAUUUAUGGAAGAACACAACUUGAAAGAUGCUGUUAAACUGCCUCUGGGCUUUACCUUUUCCUUUCCUUGUAGUCAAGAAGGUCUGACUUGCGCCAAAUUGGUUACCUGGACCAAAGGUUUUAAGGCUUCUGGAGUUAUUGGUCAAGAUGUUGUUCAAAUGCUGAGGGAAGCUUGCAUUCGUCGUGGGGUACGUUUGAUAAUUUAGGUAUUAGUUAAUGAUGUAAUUAUUGCAGUUCACUUUAAUUUAAUUAGUAAUGUAAUAAUUAGAUGUGAACAUACCUUUGACAUUUUAUAAUUAUAUCUGAUAUAUGAUAAUUUUAUUAUUCAGGACAUAGACAUUGACGUGGUAGCUGUUUUGAAUGACACUACAGGUACUAUGAUGGCUUGUGCUUUCAAGGAGAACACUUGUAAUGUCGGAGUUAUCUGUGGAACAGGUUCGAAUGCUUGUUACAUGGAGAAGAUCUCUAAAAUCAAGAAGUUGAAUGGCGCCAUUAACCCUGAAGCUGAUGGUCUUCCAGAUGAGGUUAGUUUGUGUUUGAUUGUAUUGUUUUAUGAUUUAAUUUAUAAAUAAGGAUUAGUUAAUUAUGUAAAUAUAAAAAUGAGUUGUUUGCUCUAUAUAAUAAUAUAAAGUUGGUUGUACUUUAAUCAUGGCUAACUUUGUUUGUUCAGAUGUGUGUCAACACAGAAUGGGGUGGAUUCGGCGACGAUGGAAAGAUGGAUUUCAUUCGUACAAAGUACGAUAAGUGCCUGGAUGAUAAGACCAUCAACCCAGGCAAGCAACUGUACGAGAAGAUGAUCUCGGGAAUGUACCUUGGAGAACUGGUGCGAGAAGUCUUGGAGAGUUUGGCCAAGGAAGGACAUCUCUUUAAUGGAGACUCCGAUGCCAUUGCCGUCAAAGGCUCCUUCCCCACUAAGUACGUAUCUGAAGUGGAGGCAGAAACCCAGUCAGACGAGGAAUGUCAGUUUGUCAAGACACAGAACAUUCUCGAGGAAAUCGGGAUCGCCAACGUGACACCAACAGACUGUGCCAAUGUGGCGUACGUGUGCUCAGUAGUAUCCUCCAGAGCUGCUCACAUCUGUGCUGUUGGUAUUGCCACUAUCUUGAGAAGAAUGAAGAAGUCGUAUGUUACAGUAGGCGUGGACGGUUCCGUCUACCGUUUCCACCCGACUUUCCCUGACCUUUUGGACAAGAAAAUCGAGGAGAUUCUGAAUGAUGACACUCUAGACGUAAGUUGACGAAUUUUUUACUCUAAAUCUCAUUCAGUACCAGCUCAUGUUGUCUGAGGACGGAAGCGGUCGUGGAGCCGCGUUGGUGGCCGCUGUCGCUACCAGAAUGGCUCUAGAAGCUGCCAAGAGAACUAACUAG